AGCCAUUUUGGCUCGACGUCCGCGGCGCUUCAGCGGCACUCUUGCGGCCACCGCCCCGCACAACACGUGCCGGGUUUUUUGGCCGGGAGUGUGAUGCUUGCGCUUGAGGAGAAGCCUCGUACGGUGGUGCUGCUGUGGCCGCAGACCAAGCUUGAUGGACUCGAGCAGGAGAUUGUCACGAAGCUCGAGAACAGCUACCUCGAGGUGAAGGCCAGGAAGGAGGUGUACCUGAGCGAGGAAGAGCUGGAGCGGUUCUUCAGCUCCAUGCCCGUGGCGGAGCGCGAGGCCUCCAGACCGGGUGCCUCCGCAGCAGCCUAUCUGAGCGAGGUGAUGGUCCUCGAGCAUCUCGACGGCGACGCCAUUGAAAGAGUGAUCGCCAUGCAGGCAGAACUCGGCACCUCCGGCGCAGGAACGUCCCGCGUGUAUUGCAGCCCCAGCGCCUGGGAUGCCGUGCGCGACCUCGAGUGGUUCUUCCCCCACUUGGACGACAUGCCGGUUGAGCGAACUCUGGCGGUGAUCAAGCCAGACUGUGUCGGAAGGGAGGUGGAGGGCCAGACGCUCCUUGAGGUGCUGCAGGCGGGUGCCGCCGCGGCGGGCCUCUUCGUCGUCGGCACGCGCGAGGUGGUGCUCCAGAGCACGCAGGCCGAGUGCCUCUGCGAGGACAUCAGAGGGUCUCCCGACUACGGUGGCGCCCUGGGCGUUCUGCAGAGGCCCGAGGGGGCCAUCGCCCUGUGCCUCGAGGGCAGAGGCGCCGUCAGCAAGCUGAGGCUGCUCUGCGGACCCGCGUCGCCGGAGGCGGCGCGGCAGCGAGCGCCCACGACGCUGCGCGCCCGCUGGGGCACGGACAGCUCGAGCAACGCGGUGCACUGCAGCGGUUCCCUGCAGGCGGCAGAGAAGGAGCUGAAGCUGCUCUUCCCCGAGGGAGCCUUGCAGCUGCAGCGCACGCUCUGCGUGGUGAGGCCGGGCACGAUGCCGAGCGUCCUCCAGGUCCGCACGAUGAUCGAGGACGCCGGCUUCACGAUCCUUGCGGAGAAGCAGGUGGUGCUGACGGAGUCCCGGGCCCAGGAGUUCUACCGCGAGCGCAGGGGCGAACCUUCCUUUGCCUCGAUGGUUGGCGAGGCCUGCGAUGGCCCCUGCUGCAUCAUGGUGCUGUGCCGCCUGGAGGCGGUCUCCGUCUUCCAGCAGCUGGCGAACGCGGACAGGCCAGGGUCCAUCGGCGCCCUGUGCGGGCCCGUGCACGGCAGCGCCACGGUCAAGUCCGCCGCUCGAGAGGUACACUUCUUCUUCCCCGAGCUGCCCCUGGACCCCGUCCCGGGCGACGAGGAGGUGCGAGACUUCCUCUUCCGGAAGUCCGCGAGCGCCUCCAUGGACAUCAGCAGCCUUCCAGAGUCUGGGGGCACCGCCAACUUUGCCGUCGACCCCACGCUUCAGGAGCUGCUUUCGAAGGGCCUCAUGGCCAUCUGCCAGGUGCAGCCGAAGGGCCUAGCGGCCGUCAAGUGGCUCAGCAGAUGGCUGGACGAGAACAACCCCAACAAGCUGGACCUGGCAGCCAAUGCAGACGCUCCGAAGUUCGCGCCUCCCCAGCGAACCAAGCAAUUCGUGGAGUACGGCGUCAACGAUGAGGGCAUGCCAUUCGCCGUAGAGGCGCCACCGGCCGAGCUUCCAAAGCCAGUGGUCGAAGUGGACGUCUCCGGCGAAGCUCCAACAUACCGCAAUACCAAGCUGGAGUUGCCUUUCGUAGUCUUUGUGCUCGGGGGGCCAGGCAGCGGAAAGGGCACGCAGUGCAUGAAGCUGCGCGACGAGUUCAACCUGAUCCACCUGAGCACUGGUGACCUGAUGCGCGAGGAGGUGGCGGCAAAGUCGCAUCUGGGCACGGAGAUCUUCAGGCACAUGCAAACAGGCUCGCUGGUGCCGGACCAAGUGACCGUGAGGCUCCUCAAGAACGCGAUGCUGAAGCACCAGGACACCAAUCGGUUCUUGAUCGACGGCUUCCCCCGAACCCUGGAGCAGGCGAAGAUGUUCGAGCACGAGAUUGCAUCGGUCUCCUUCGCUGUCAGUUUCGACCUGAGUCCAGACGUGAUGCGCGAGCGCAUCGCCGCGCGCGCUGCUGCGGCACCUGGGCGAGUGGACGACAAUCCGGAGACCGUGGAGAAGCGCCUCAAGGUGUUCGAGGAGCAGUCGAAGUCUGUCAUUGACUUCUACGAUCCCAUCGGCAGGCUGCGCCGCGUCGGCGCAGCAGCGGGCAUAGACGAGGUCUACGCCGAGACGAGGCGGCAUUUCUGCAGCCGCUUCGUGUACCUGCUCGGGCCCCCGGGCUCCCCCGUGGUGCCCGUGGCGCGGCGCCUGGAGCAGAGGUAUGGGCACCGCUGCGUGGACGUGCCCGCCCUGCUGCGGGCCUACGGCGACUCGAAGGAGGAGGAGGCCGCGGCGGUCCGGCGGUGCCUGGCCACCGGCAGGCCCGUGGACCCGGCCAUCGUGUGCCCGCUGGUGCUGAAGGAGAUCGCGAGAGGCCAGUCCGUGGGGCGGUCGAGCUUUGUGCUCUGCGACUUCCCGCAGACGCUCAAGCAGGCCCAGUUCCUGGAGCUCCGGAUGCCGUGCACCUCGAAGCCGUUGCUGCUCGACUUCGGCCGCGCAGACGCGGAGGACAUGGCCGCGACGACGAUACCCUUGGAGUGCAAUGAGCUGGAAGUGGAGACCAGGAUUGCAGCGUUCUUCGGCUCAGAGAUGCAGGGCAUGCUGCGCUCAUUGCCUGGACUGGAGCGCAUCCCUCUUGCGUUUUCUGGGAAGGAGCCACUGCCAGCAGGGAAGGCAAGCCUUGAUGCGAUUGGUGUUGAGCAGCACCUUGUCGAUUCUGCAUGCGAGGCCGUGUUCGAGAAGGUCAGGCCAGGAUUGACCCUUGUCCUGGGCCUUCCGUUCAGCGGCGUCACAGAUUCUAUAGAUGUUGGCGAAGCGCGCCCCGAAUUGUCAGACUGUUGACUGUCAAGAACUGAUUGGCGCGGAGAUUGAGAGGAAGACAGAGGCUGGCCUCGAAAUCGAGGAGAUGCUGCUCAGUGGCCAGGUUGUGCCGGAGUCGGUUGUCCUGGAAUUGCUCAAGAAGGUAGCCGCCUUGACUUGCUCCGACUCCCUGGUGGUCGAGAACUUCCCCAUGCUCGUGGACCAGAUCAAUGGUCUCGCCAAGGAGUUCCGGAUCGAUCGGGCGUUCUACAUCUCAGGGGAUUCCAAGGCGCAGAGCGCAUGGAAGGCAGAAUUCGAGGCGGCGAUGGCAACCAGGCCUGCAGGCAGCGAGGUGGCUAAGAGGUUUGCAGCAGCGGUGUUCGAUGAUAGGCUGCUGGGCUUGGAUCCGAUCGUAGCAUAUUUCAGCCAGCUUGGAAAGCUGGAGCGGCUUGACGUAUCCGGGACGCCAACUAGCGAUCAGCUGGCGAGCAUGAUCGAGCGCGCCACGAUGCCCCAGUUUACAGUUUUUACAGGGCCUUCCGCUGUUACCACACCGAAGCAAGCAGAGAAGCUGGCGAAGGCCUAUUCCGCAGGUUCACCGCUCACCGCCGAGAAAAUCGUGGCAUGGGCCAAGGCAACGCUCUCCGAGAUGAUCGACCCCGCACAGCCUGAUAGCUUCAUACCAGCCUUGCAGAAAUUUGUUGCUAGUGCCAAUUCCCCUUUGCUUGUUCUAGACAGAUACCCAAAGACAGCCGACGACGCGGCAGCUUUUCUUGCCACGUUUGGUGCCCCAAAGCUGGUGGUCGAGAUAGCGUGCGAGACUGAGUUUCUAGUGGAGGAGUUCCAAGAGGCCAAUGAAGAUGCAGAGGUGGACCCCGAGGAAUUACAGGCAAAGUUCGAUGAAGACAAGCAGGUGACAGCUACGAUGCUAGCAAGCAUGGAGGAGGCAUGCCCAGGGUGCGUGCUGUCCCUCAGCCAAGCGACGGUGAAGCCAGAAGAGAUGGAAGAGCUGGUCAAGAAACGCCUCCUGCCCCAGGUGUGCGUGCUCGUCUGCCCCACGCCUUUCGCAGGGGCCGUAGCAGACGCGAUGUGCACCAAGGGGAAGUUCACCUUGCUCGACUGCGCCAAGCUGUUGAGCAGCGGCGGGCACACCCCACAGCUGGAGGCACAGCUGUCCAGGGCGCUGAAGAGUGCGGAGCUGACCGACGCGCUGCCAGCGCAGCUCUGGAAGGCGCUCUUCCAGGAGGCGUUUGCCACUUCGGCCAACCCGAUGGGCAAGUUCAUCAUCACGAACUUCCCUACGCCCUGCUCGACGAGGUCAAGCCCCACCAUUCGGGAUCAGUUCUGCAUGCUCGAGUCCAUCGCGGUGCUCCGCGGCAUUCUGCAGGUGACGCUGACCAAGGAGGCCUUUGCCCAGUGCUGCCGCGAUGGCCACGACGCGCUCGCCGAGUACCUUGGCUUCGACGAAUCCGUGAGGCAACAGACAGCGGUCCAGUUCGCGGAUAGCCAGAUCUGCGAAGCGCGCGUCGAGGACGCGACGAACUCGAAGCGCGCGGCGGAGGCGGUAGCUGCGAAGCUCCUGGAUUACUUGAAGUAGGCUUGUGCCGACCUCAGCGAAGAUGGGGCCCCAGCAGCCGAACAGUUUGGGGGAGGGGGGACAGAACAGCUAUAGCAGCCAACGAAGAGCAGAUCAACGGUCCCGAAUGCUUGCCGACGCAUCAUCGCUACUUUCAAGUUUCCUCUCUGGCUGCAGGUUGCGAGCUGUUUUGCUCGCUCCUGCCCUCUUGGCCCUCUGGGGCCCUCCUGCGAUGACCGACCCGAGGCACGACCUCCCCAGACGCGCCGAUCAGCGCUCAACCCCUGCAGCAUGCGUCUCACCCGUCACACCGUCUGGCUCCAGAAUUCGUGCAGGGCCUUGGGCAGCGCCGCUUCCGCUCUCCCCUCGUGCGCCUCUCGCGUGGCAGGGCGGGAUGCGGAGCGCCGCGCGUGUCUCUUGGAUUGCCGCCGGUGCUCCGCGUUCGCACCGACGUCUUCUGGGCGGCCGCGCGCUGGAGUGACCCUUCGCCGGAGCGACCUCUGGUGCGGGCCCACAGGCAUCCCCCCAGCACUCGCUUGCGCGCCCGGACUUGGCCGUUCCUGCUGCAUCCCGAGGGCCUCGCACCGAAGGUCACUCCAGCCCAGGGUCACUCCUGCUGUGGAGCCCAUUUGACCGCGGUGGAGCGAGGAACAAACCCUGACCUCCCGGCGUCAUGGCGCAGGCAGACAGAAACAUCGAAGCAUACGCAGCACCCCG